GUGCGAACGCUGUUCGUGAGUGGACUGCCGAUGGACGCGAAACCAAGAGAGCUAUACUUGCUAUUCCGAGCGUAUGAGGGUUACGAGGGGUCCCUGUUAAAGGUUACCAGCAAGAAUGGGAAAACAGCGUCGCCCGUCGGCUUUGUCACUUUCCACACUCGCGCUGGAGCAGAAGCUGCUAAGCAAGACCUUCAGCAGGGCGUCCGAUUCGACCCCGACAUGCCGCAAACGAUUCGGCUGGAGUUCGCUAAAAGCAACACGAAGGUCAGCAAGCCGAAGCCGGCAGUUGCCACCGCCGCGCCAGCUGCACACCCCGCAUUGAUGCACCCUCUCACUGGACACUUAGCGAGCCCGUUCUUCCCGGGAGGAGGCGCGGAGCUGUGGCACCACCCGCUGGCGUACGGCGGCGAGCUACCGGCGCUCUCUCAUGGCCUGGUGCACCCCGCCAUCCACCCACAGAUGGCGCCAACCCCCCUGACGCUGGGCGCGUGCGUGCUGCCUGCGCCGGCACUGGGCUCGCCGGGCGCGGCGGUACCGACGCACGCGCCCGCGCCGCCCGCGCACCCCGCGCACCCGGCAGCGCCCUGCUCGACACUGUUCGUCGCCAACCUCGGCCAGUUCGUCUCCGAGCAUGAGCUCAAGGAGAUUUUCAGCAGCUGCCCGGGCUACUCGCGGCUGCGGCUCCUCACCGGCGGGAAUGGCGGCAGCGGGGGCCCCGUGGCGUUUGUCGAGUUCGCCAGCGCGACUGACGCGGCCGCCGCCAUGGGCCGCUUGCAGGGCGCCCUGCUGCUCAGCUCUGAGGGGGCCAUACACCUCGAAUAUGCACGCCACAAGAUGGCACACAACGGCUGGAUUCUCGCACAUGAAGGAGCCAAAGGCGGAGAAGAGGGCGAACAGCAUUAG